AUGCCCUCAUGGAUAGCCGCUACAGACCCCAUCAUUCCUCAAGUCAUCGAUCCGAGCGAUUCCUGUCUGGGAGGAGACGUGUUGGCAUGUCUGAGAAACAAGCGUGGAAUCGAACCGAAGCCCCGCAUUCCCAUGCGUCAUGUUUUCUCCAGUAGGACUGCACAGCCAUGGAAUCGAAAGACAUCAAUUGUGCCCGGGGACCCGUCUGAUGCAAUUGCGAAUGCAAGGGACACCGUCCCUGCUGUUCCGAGACCGCAGCUAACGAUUGUAUUUGGGGUGCGUGCAAGGGAUGGUUCAGGUACGGGCCCAUCCUGUCCUAAUCUUUGUCCAGUCCGCGUCCCUCUGGACCAUGUCUUGGAUACCGGGAGAUUUGAACCCUCCAUUGUCAUAAGUGACGUACACUUCCGCGUCUAUGAAAAGACGAUCAUUUUCGUUUCCAUCCUUGUGGAUCCGGAAUAUCGGCAAUCGGAUGGGAGAUGUUAUGACUUUGGCGCCGGCACGGAAGCCCCGGAGACUGGACAGGGCGCGUAG